AGUGACAUAAUACAAGGCCAGAUUUUGUUUAGUCAACAAAACAUGUAAUAAACUAAUUCUUUACGUUGGAUUUGUUCUUUUAAAAGCGGAAGGCUUCUGUUCUUCAGAAUCAGCCCAAAAUUUAUUGAAUUUUCAAUUCCGUUGUGGCCGAAAGGAGUUUUGAAUCUGUUUAGGUUAUGUCUCUCUCCAGUUAAAAUGAAAAUUUCAAGGCAAAAGAAAGUGCAUAGAUACCUAAGCUUUUUCAGCAACAACUACGGUUUCCGAAAACCGUACCAAAUACUGAUUGAUGGGACAUUCUGCUAUGCUGCUUUGAAGAACAAAUUUAACAUCAAAGAACAGACACCAAAAUACCUGGACGGAGACGUAAAAUUAUUGACAACACAGUGUGUGAUACACGAAACCUCAACACUAGGCCACAGUGUUUAUGGAGCAAUGGUGAUCGUCAAGCAGUUUGCAACCCAUAGAUGCAGUCACAAUGAUAAGCCUGUACCAGGUUCCAUAUGCUUGGAAUCCAUGUUGGGAGUCAACAAUCCAAACAGGUAUAUUGUUGCAACACAGGACAAAGAACUCCAAGCCACUGCACGAAAAAUUCCAGGGACUCCACUCUUAUACCUGCAUCAGAAAGCACCAACACUGGAACAACCCUCAGCAGCAAGUUCACGCAUGGCUAGGAUAAACAGUAAUGAAAAAUUUGAAGUGAAUAAAUUUGACAAAGAUACCCUCACUGACUUAAAACAUAAAAAAUUUGGUGUGCCUGAACCACAGGCAGAAAUGCAGAAACGAAAGAAAAAGAGAGGCCCCAACCCUCUUUCUUGCAAGAAGAAAAAGAAGAAACCUGCAAAAGAGAACGAAACACAAACAUCAAAUAUGAAAAAGAGGAAGAGAAUUAGAGUUCCAAAACACGUGAAAGAACAUUGGGUAUCCCUUGUGAAAGAAGAAUUGGCAAAUAACUGAUACAGUUCUUCAUCAGGGGGAGUUUGAUGAUGAUGAUUACAACCACUGAUAUUUUGUAUUUUGUCUAGUGUUUGACCUGGAUGUAGUCUAGUGUCAGACAAAAUACAGUUUGUGAGUUGUACAAAUGAA